GGCAUCAUGGAGAUUUAAGGAUUGGCCUUGGCGCCCUGGCACGCCCUGCAGUCCCCUUCAUGCCCCUAUGGACGGGCUCAGCUGCGUCCUCCUCGCCAACCUCACAGUCCUGGUGUAUGACACGAUUGACACGUUCCCUGACCAAGUCAAUCAUGUCUGGGCACCGCCAUAUUCGUGGGGCACCUUCCUGUACCUCCUGCUCCGCUUCUUCCCCUUCGUCAACGGCAUAAUGGCUGUUCAGCUCACCUUUUCUGAUAGCCCAUCGCCGUUAAGGUGCAGGACAGAGAAUCGCAUCGUUACCUGCGUCAUUGUCAUAGGGAUACUGGUAUCAGAGGGUGUGCUGGCGAUGCGAACCUACGCUCUGUACAAUCGGAGUCGUUGGAUCCGUUAUGUCCUUGGUGGAAUAUGGAUGUGCACCGUCGUUCCUGCCCUUGCGAUUACAGGCGUGGAGUUGGCAUCCCUCGAAUAUCACUACAGACCACUGCCAGGCUGCCACUUAGGCCAUGCCAGCCCCAUUAUCAUUGGCGCGUACCUCUUACUCAUGAUUUCUGAGACAGCCAUCCUAGUUCUGACCAUAGCUAUGGGCAUUCGACAUCUGCGGCGUAUCCCAAGUCCCACGCAUGGAUGGGUUUUCCGACUCUACCGCGACGGUGUCGUCUUCUACCUUUCCAUCGUCCUCAUCUCCCUUCUCAACGUCCUGCUGCCAGUCAUCAGUGUCAAUUUCGCCAAUUGGCUUGCUAGCCCCCAACACACCGUCCAUAGCAUAUGCUCCUGCCGCAUUCUCAUGCUCAUCCUCAAGCAGAAACAAGCGUCUCGCAGUAGGACGCAUAACGGCUGGGGACGGACCACUUCUACUGCACCCACGACGGCGCUCGAUACGGAAGAUAUUCUCAGCACCAUGCCCACGGCAUGGAUUACAACUAACGACACGGACAAUUUCGUCAAGCCGCCGCAAAGGGGCGAGUAUGCGGCGCCUCAUUUUGGGGAACAUACCCUGCGUGAUACGCACGAUGCAGAAGCGGCGGGCCUCCGACAUGCAGUAUACGACCGCGAAGCUGACGGGAUCGAGCUCGAAGCUCGGUGACUACGGUGGCUUACAGACUUGACGAGACGAUGCCGUAUGACGGGCCGCUGUGCCCUGGCUCUGACGUGUAGCAUAUACCUGUAGACUACGGGCGGGCAACGUAGUGUAAUUUAUAGAUACCCGUUGUUGUAGGACAUAUUAUGGAACAUGAGGGGAUGUUUUUUUGAA